AUGUCUGACUCAAAGCGAUCGUGUACUAGGCUCUUCAACAACCCCGUCCUUUCCGACGUCAAGAUCAAACAGACAUAUAACGGCCACACACGCGAGUACUACGCGCAUAAAGCUGUGCUAUGUCAAGAGUCCGAUUACUUUCUGAAUGCCUUCACCGGUAACUUCAAGGAGUCAUCGGAAGCCAUCAUGGAAUUACACGAAGACGAUCCCGAACACUUUGAGUUUGUCCUCAAAUUCAUCUACACGGGCGCGUACAACAAGGACGAGAUCGCAAAACUUGCAGGCGACGACAAGAACAAGCGCGUACUGGUUCCAAUCGACGUGCACGCUAUCGCUGACAAGUACGAUAUCGCUAAGCUCUACAAGCCCGCUGCAGAAGACGUGAAGGCUGUACUUAUGGAAGCUGUCAAAGAUCAAGACAUGCUCACCACUGCAAUCCACGCUCACUACGGUACCGAAGUCAACGUCGACGGGGCCAUGGGACGUCUCGUAACUUCAGUUGUCUUCGACAAGCACAAAGACCUUGUUCCGACGAAGGUAUUCGAGCAGCUGCUACUGGUAUAUCCCACCUUCGCCGCAGAUGCUGCGCUACACUCUCAGCGAACGAAAACACUUGAUCGAGCGGCUCUCGCUAUCUGCAUCCCUUGCAAGAUGCAAGCUGUGCACGUUGAAGCUAUGCGUAAGGCAGGCUUAACAACUAGUGACGACGAGCAAGGCUCUGCAGGUGGCAUGGGAGCAAUGAUGAGCCUAAAAACCUCACGAGGGAGAGCAGACAAGUAA